UUCAAUCCAUACCUGUGUGAUGAAAUAAUUGUGAUUAAAGUAUCAAAUGUCAGUUUAGUCAUGGUUUAAAAAUCAAUCUGUGAAAUUAUCUCAAAUUUUCUGUUCUUUAAAGGAACAACAUCAUACCAUGGCUCCACAUAAUCAAGUACGAACUAUGAGAACCUCCGCAAUGGAAUCUAUAUUCGAACUCGUCCUUCAGAAUUUCCUAAAGAUCUCAGUUGAAAAUUCAGUAAAGUUUGGGAAGAGUUUAUACGAACUAAUAGUGUUGAAUCCGCCUGGUUAUGAAGAAUUUCUUCUUAUUAUCUUCGAAAAACUUGAACAGAUCUUUUCAAAAACUCCAGCUCAACCAGUUCUCAGAUCUAAGGUGAGAAAUAUUCUCCCCUGUCUUCUUGGACCUAAUCUUAAAACUUUGAAUUUAUCAACUAUCAGCGCGGCAUUCGACAAGAAAGUAACUAGUGAGGUCUACAACAUCAUGGACAGUGUGUGCAACAACCUGGAGAGUUUAACUCUAGGCCAAUCCUUUAUCUUCACACCUGAAAUCAUCAGCAACAUGAACACAAAGCUUGAGAAGUUUAACAAGUUGGUGAAUCUAAACCUUUUAUACAUCGCUAGCUCUGAUAUGCUGGUCAACCUGGGGACUAGUUGCCCACACCUUAAACAACUCAAUGUUAAAGGGUCCUCUAAAGUAUGUGAUCUUGCAGUCCCACACAUCAUAGGGUGUAAAAACCUCAUGGUUCUGGAUAUACAGGGAACCCAGCUCACUGGUGAAGGUAGACUUGAGUUAGCGGAGAAAUGUGAAAACAUCCAGACCAUUGAUCAUUGUCCAUACAACUGUGAUACAGAUUUCCGAAUCUUCAAAUCCCGCGGAGAAAUGUUUGAUUUGAUAAAAAGAGCCUACAAUGGUGAGGAGCCUGAUAUAGCAGUUCUACAGAGGGAGGCAAGGAAGGGAUACAGAUUAAAGAACUUCUGGUUAUCCAAUCCUAAAUCUGAUGAGCUGGGAUGUUCUGCCAUGUUUCCUUAUUUAAAAAUACUCAGACUUGAUUUUGUGUUUCAAGAUCUAGGAUUCACGCCAGAUCCGUCCUCCUUGAGUCAAAUAAAAACUCUAAGAACUCUUGAUCUCAACUUCUACGAUAAUGCUCGAAAUGAUCUCUUCAGGAAGAUAAUGGAAAGCUGCGGAGGAAGGUUGACUAAGCUGAUGUAUAAUGUAUUCGCUGAAUACAGCUCAAUAGUUGAAUGUCACAACAUUAUUGCGACGAUGUGUCCGAACCUGGAGUACCUGAGGUUUGAGGGCGACUACUCCACCAGUACUGAUGAGGACCUGGAGCCCCAGUAUCUGGAUAUACCUCCGGAAUCUCUAGGAUUUCUUACUCAGUUAAAGGAACUUAGCCUCGGAGGUCAUUGUACAAACAAGAGGUUGUCCUGGCUUCUGACCUCUGCUCUUAAGAUCGAGAAGAUUAACCUUGAUGGGAACCUAGAACAGCUGGGUAAUACUGCCUGGUCUAAUCUGUUAGCUGACAACCCUUUAAAGGAGCUGGAGAGUGUUUGGAUCAACACUAGUUCUGGUAUGGGACUUGACUCCAUCAAUCUUCUUAUCGACAACUGUCCAAAGUUGAUGAUGUUGGGAAGAUUAGUAAACUUGACAGAUGUUCUAGCAGUCGAGACAAGAAACAUGUUUUAUCGUGAACUGGUUGAACGAGUCCGAAAUGAGAACUUGAACCUGGAGCUGGUCUGGGUCUCACCCAGGAGAGGGUUUGCAGCAUGUAGACUUCAGCAGUAUCCGUCAUCAUAGCAUUCAUCUUAGUCUUACAUAAUUGAGAUGAAAAAUUAAACCCAACCUAAACUCGGAAAUUGCUCGAGUUACGUCACGUUAAAAGGAAAAAAGAACAAGUGGUAAACAGCUGAAAUUGCCUUGGUUUUUAUGUUAUUUUACAUAUGAAAUUGAAAUAGUGAAAUAGCUGGAAUACAAAAUAAAUGUAUAUUUGUAUAUUGAUAUAAUAAUAUUAUGUACAUGAUAA